AAACCGUACAGUCCUCAGUUGGUACUUCGUAAAUCUGACAGCUCAUAAAGUAAAUUCACAGAUUACUUUGGGACUGUACCGCUUAUAUAUUUAAAUCGCGAGCAUACGACUUAUGAGUGCACAAUAAUCAAUUUCUUACGAAAACAAAGCGCGUUUCGUCUUAUACAUUGUUUGUUUUUUAGGUCUUUCACAAAAUGACGAAGAGCAAUGAAAAGAAAACCAGUGGUCAUUCAUAUCCAUUCUUAACAUUUUUCAUAGUGACCAUUGUGAUUACAUUCACAGUAACAUGGUAUGUUCACAAAAGGUUAAUGAUACCACCGAAAAUGCCAAAAUUAGAUAAGAAUGAGUGGUGGGGUCCUGUUCCACAACAUAUUGAUCCAGACGAGUCCAUACAGCCUUUUAGAAUAGAAUUUUCUGACGUGAUGAUAAAUGAUCUCAGAGAACGUCUCCUUCAUCGCAGAGCAUCUCCGCCUCCUCUAGAAGGCGUUGGUUUCACAUACGGGUUCAAUUCUAAUUUCCUAACUCGAGUACUCGAUUACUGGAAAAACGAAUAUGACUUCAAAGGACGAGAAGAGUACUUAAAUAAGUAUAAUCAUUAUAAAACGAAUAUACAAGGACUGGACAUACAUUUUAUGCAUAUAUUGCCAAAGAAGAAGGUUGAUGGUGAUGAUGUCAAGACGGUGCCUCUCUUGUUGUUGCAUGGAUGGCCAGGGUCCAUCUGCGAGUUCUACGAGCUCAUACCGAAGCUGAUGGACGUACAGCCUGAAGAUAAGUUUGCAUUCGAACUUGUUGUGCCAAGUCUGCCGGGUUUCGGAUUCUCAGAGAGCGCCGCCGUGCCUGGCCUAGGGCCGGCCCAAAUGGCGGUAAUAAUGCACAAGCUAAUGCAGCGCCUGAACUACAGGGUGUACUGUAUUCAAGGGGGCGAUUUGGGCCACACAGUAGGCUCUAUAAUGGCCACUCUGUACCCUCGCCACGUGAUGGGAUUCCAUACAAAUUUCCCAGCACUCGUGUUUAAUCCUUUAGCAUCGAUUUAUGUUAUUUUUGGGAGUUAUUGGCCAAGUCUUACAGUGAAUCCAGAAGAAGAAAGCCGUAUGUACCCGUACAUGGAUUAUGUAACGCGAACGCUAGAAGAGAGCGGUUACAUGCAUAUACAAGCAACAAAGCCGGAUACAGUUGGAAUCGCUCUCUCAGACUCCCCAGCCGGGCUAGCGGCUUACAUCCUGGAGAAAUUCUCGACUUGGACCAACCCGGAACACAAGCGAGCUAGCGACGGAAACCUUUUGGGCAAAUUCUCAAUGGCUCACCUCCUAGAUAACAUCAUGGUAUACUGGGUUACCAACUCCAUAACAACUAGCAUGAGAGUGUAUGCUGAAACUAUUAAUUCGAAGAGGAUUACCAUUGAUUUUGACUCCAUACCUACAUUAGUGCCAACAUGGGGUAUAAAGUUUAAGCAUGAGUUGGUCUACCACCCGGACUACGUGUUAAGGCUUAAAUACAAGAAAUACCUGCAUUCCACGCUAGUUGAAGAUGGCGGACAUUUUGCAGCAAUGGAGAAUCCGGACAUAAUGGCCGUGGACAUAAAAAGCGCUGUUAAAACCUUCCUCCAAUACCGAUCUCCUAUAAUAUCUAAACGGCCACCUACAGCGGCAGAAACACAACCAAGUACCGUAUACGAUUUCACAGUGUUAGAUAUACAGGGGCGCGAGGUAAAACUUGACAAAUAUCGAGGCAAUGUACUGAUCAUAGUCAAUGUCGCUUCUGAAUGCGGACUCACCGAAACCAACUACAAAGAGUUCAAUCAGCUGCACGAAAAGUACUACGAGAGAGGUCUUCGUAUACUGGCAUUCCCUUGCAACCAGUUUGGAGGCCAAGAACCUGGUGGUGCCAAAGAAAUACUAACGUUUAUCAAGAAAAAUGAUCUGAAGUUAGACUUUUUUGAGAAGGUCGAAGUGAAUGGUGAAAAAACGCAUCCACUUUGGAAAUUCUUGAAGCAAGCACAGGGUGGUAGUUUUGGGGAUUUCAUUAAAUGGAAUUUUUCCAAGUUUAUUGUGGAUAGGAAUGGCGUUCCAGUGGAGAGGUUCGGGCCAAAUGUGAAUCCGUUGGAGCUGGAAUCAAAUUUACAAAAAUAUUUGUAAUAGAUUAGCUAUGUAACUGCCAGAUAAAAUAUCUUGUACAGGGAUUAUUUACGGAAAUAGACCAAAAAGGAUAAAGUUGGACUAUGC